AUAUACAGCUGCAGGUCAAAGACCACCAGGUGGAGGUGGAGGUGGAGGAAGGCUCAGAGUCUGUCAUUCUGCCCUGCAAAACUACAGCUGACCUGCCUCAGGACACCAGAGUGGAGUGGACUCGCUCUGACCCUGAACUGAUGGUGGUUCAUGUGUAUCCAAACAAAAGUAACCACCUGGAUGACCAGGACAGUUUUUACAGAGACCGAACAAAGAUGAAUGAAGACCUGCUGAGAACUGGAGACCUCAGUCUGACCCUGAAAUACCCCACAGAGAGAGACAGUGGAGGAUACAUCUGCACCAUCUACAGGGACAAAGACAUCCUGAGACACAAAGUAGUGCUGCAGGUCAAAGAACCAUUUCCAUCCUGGGCCACAGCUCUCCUGGUUCUCCUGGUUCUUCUUGUGGUUUCUGGAGGUCUCAUAUAUUAUUUCCGGCACUAUUUCAUGUCAGUCCGCUGGGUGGGGGUGGAUUCAGGGGUGGAGUCUGUCCAGCUGACCUUAAAAACCACAGUUUGGCUGCCUAAAGAUGCUAAAGUGGAGUGGAAGGAUGAUGAAGAGGAAACAGUCCACGUGUAUGAGAACGGCUCUGACCAGCCUGAAGAACAGGACGAUAAAUACAAGAACCGAACAAAGAUGAAGAGAAACUUACUGGAACCUGGAGACCUCAGUCUGACCCUGAAAUACCCCACAGAUGGAGACAACUCCACCUACACCUGUACCGUCUACAGCAGGGAGGGAAACAUCCUGCUGAAGAGAAAGGUGGAGCUGGAAGUCAGAGUGUCUUAA